UCUAUAAUUAUUAUAUUCCACAGACGUACAAGAAGUUAUAUUCUGCUUGUUCUUGUUCUGAGUUAUAUUCUCUUUGAUAAUCUGUGACAUGAUUUGACAAUAUUGAGUUUUGCGUUUGACAUUAUAAUUUCACCUAAAGCCGCUUUGUUAAACUUAAAAAUAUCUAUAAAAUUGGUAUAUUUUACCGUUUUCCAUAAGCGAAAACUUAAACGAAUAAACUAGUUAUAAAUUAAAGAAAUCUAAAAACGAUACAAUGAGUUUUGGGCUGCCUUCUUUAAAAGUCAAGCCAGAGGUGGGCGGUAAGAACAUGCCUAUACAAGAGGGUCCUUUUGGAGUGCCUAACCCUAUGGUGGCUGGAAUUGCCGGUACAAGAACUAAAUUAGGUUUUGCACACCCCUUAGAACUGUCUGAGCGGAAUUACCACAUCAAUGAGGAGAAAAUGAAUUUAGCGAUGCUCCGGAAUAUCCAAGGUUUACACGCACCCAUGAAAAUCACAAUGGAGAGAAAGUUUGCAAGCAAAAUUGGUCGCCUCCCUUUCCUGCCAAGCUCAAAUUUACAGCAUGAAGUCCUCACAGGCAGACACAUUGACAUUGGAUUUGAAGAUAUACUCAACCCUCUGGAGCUGUGCGAAGUGGCCGGACAACCCCAUGCUGUUGUAGAAAGAUCACUUGGGCUGUUGUGAAAUAGUUGGGCUUAAUUUUUUUUUAUGUGAAAUAUCUUGAAUAAAUUGUCUAUAAACAUGA